GAGUUGGAGGAGAAACUCCGCCAGAGUGAGGCCACCUCUGAACAGCACAAAUCCAACUACGACGUCUUGUACAACCGCUUGACGCAGGUGAAACAUAUCCUAGUGAAGCUGAAACAGGUGGAGGCCGAGUUAGAGGAAGCUCGAACGCAGUUGGACACGGCCACUACGAAAACCACGGAAUUAGAGGCUCGGUGCGCGACCGUUUCCGCGGAAAAGGAAGCGCUGGCCGCGGCACUCGCUGCGAUGAAACAAGAAACCACGGACCUAAACACCGAAUGCGACCGCUUGAGCCACGACCUUGCAAAGUUGAGACGCGAGUACCAGCUCAGAGACGACUCUGCGACCCAAGAAAAGGACUCGCUCGUGUCCAGCAACCACAAACUCGCGAAAAAGAUUGAAGAGAUGAAGGCGGCCAGGGAAGACUCACGGGUGGUGCAGUUGGAAGAGCAGGCCACAGUGAAGGAGCUACAGAGCCAGAUGGACGAGUUCCAAGCCCAAAGCAAAGCCAAGGAUGUCGAAAUUUCUAUCUUGACCAAGGAAAAGACGGAGUCUCAAAAUCAUAUUGCGUUUCUUGAGAAGAAGAUUACUGAUCAAGACAUGAUGAUGGCUCAAACGGCGGCCAGAAACGAACAAACAGUGUUGCGACUCCAGGAGCAGCUUGUCACGUCUAUGAACGAGACGGCUGAGCUUUCCACAAAGAUCGAACAGGCUCUGGGCGUACAGACGUUACUAGACGAAGCGUUGAAGGAUUCGCAUAAUAAACAGCUCCAGAUCGGAAAACUCCGCCACGAAGCCAUCAUCCUCAACGAGCAUCUCACGAAGGCGCUCAAGCUCAUCAAGAAGGACCACGAGUCGGAGAAUGUUGAUAAGCAGCUCAUCACGAACUUGUUCCUCCAGUUCCUAGCGAUCCAAAGAGGCGAUAAGAAAAAAUUCCAGGUGUUGCAGUUGAUCAGCGGAAUUUUGGGCUGGGAUGAGCAGCAGCAGCAACAGGCAGGGUUGGUUGGCCGUGUCGGCGUCGGCGCUGCAGGCGAAGAGCGUGAGGGGCGCGUGCGCGAGAGUUUCGUCUCGCUCUGGACCGAAUUCCUUGACAAGGAGUCUAGAGCGAAAUAA